AAUGAACAAGGAGUGUAUCAGGACCGGGAGACAAGUCGUUCCCAAGACAAGCAAUAGUCCCUGUCCUUCCUACUGAUAAAAGGGUUAACCUAGCAUUUCCUUGCCGCGGUCAGUUCACUCCCUUCCCCGUGAAUCAAAAGCGGCCGCGGAUAGAGAAGCUUGUCCUGUGAGGGAUUCCGUAGAGACACUCCUCCGCUGCCUGAGUCCCGGGCGAACAUGGCGGCCCCCGAGUCAGGGCCGGCUUUGAGUCCAGGCACUGCAGAGGGUGAGGAGGAGACGAUUCUCUAUGACUUGUUGGUCAACACCGAGUGGCCACCGGAGACUGAAGUACAGCCUAGAGGCAACCGAAAACAUGGUGCAUCCUUUAUCAUCACGAAAGCAAUUCGAGAUCGUUUAUUAUUUUUACGCCAAUACAUCUGGUACAGCCCGGCACCUUUUUUGCUCCCUGAUGGACUGGUUCGCUUGGUUAAUAAACAGAUAAACUGGCAUUUGGUACUUGCAAGCAAUGGAAAGCUUUUGGCUGCUGUUCAAGAUCAGUGUGUGGAAAUCAGGUCUGCAAAAGAUGAUUUUACAUCCAUUGUUGGGAAAUGUCAAGUUCCGAAAGACCCGAAACCCCAGUGGAGACGGGUAGCAUGGAGUUACGAUUGUACCCUACUGGCCUAUGCCGAAAGCACAGGAACUGUGAGGGUGUUUGAUCUCAUGGGAAGUGAACUCUUUGUCAUUUCCCCGGCAUCUAGUUUUAUAGGUGACUUAAGCUAUGCCAUUGCUGGGUUGAUAUUUUUAGAAUAUAAAGCAAGUGCACAGUGGUCUGCAGAACUGCUGGUCAUCAAUUACCGAGGAGAACUUAGAAGUUACCUUGUAAGUGUUGGAACAAAUCAGAGCUACCAAGAAAGUCACUGUUUCAGCUUCAGUAGUCAUUAUCCUCAUGGAAUCAACACAGCUAUUUACCACCCUGGUCACAGACUUUUACUUGUUGGUGGAUGUGAAACUGCUGAAGUAGGCAUGUCAAAAGCUUCUAGCUGUGGCCUUUCUGCCUGGAGAGUUCUUUCAGGAUCACCGUAUUACAAGCAGGUUACUAAUGGUGGAGACAGGGUUACUGCAGUACCGAAGACACUGGGAUUAUUAAGGAUGUUAAGUGUCAAGUUUUACAGUCGCCAGGGACAAGAACAGGAUGGAAUUUUUAAGAUGAGCCUUUCUCCGGAUGGGAUACUCCUGGCAGCCAUUCACUUCUCAGGGAAACUGAGCAUCUGGGCGAUUCCAUCUCUGAAGCAACAAGGAGAAUGGAGUCAAAAUGAGCAGCCAGGCUAUGAUGACCUUAAUCCUGAUUGGAGGCUCUCUACUGAGAAGAGAAAAAAAAUCAAAGAUAAAGAGUCCUUUUACCCACUGAUAGAUGUCAAUUGGUGGGCAGACAGUGCGGUGACUUUAGCUCGAUGCUCUGGUGCUUUAACUGUUUCAUCCGUGAAAACUUUGAAGAAUUUACUGGGAAAAUCCUGUGAAUGGUUUGAACCAUCACCUCAAGUCACUGCUACCCAUGAUGGGGGAUUUUUAAGUUUGGAGUGUGAGAUUAAACUUGCCUCCAAACGAUCUCGUUUGGAGACUAGGGCUGGAGAAGAAGAUGAAGGAGAAGAGGAUUCUGAUUCUGAUCAUGAACUAUCUGCCAAGGCUCGCUACUUUGGUUAUAUAAAACAGGGCCUUUACUUAGUGACUGAAAUGGAGCGAUUUGCACCACCACGGAAACGCCCACGAACCAUUACUAAAAACUACCGCCUUGUGAGUUUGCGCUCCACGACACCAGAGGAACUUUAUCAGAGGAAGAUUGAAAGUGAAGAGUAUGAGGAAGCCUUGUCCUUGGCUCAUACCUACGGCCUGGAUACUGACCUUGUAUAUCAGAGGCAGUGGAGGAAGUCAGCGGUCAACGUUGCUUCAAUUCAGAAUUAUUUGAGUAAAAUAAAGAAGCGAUCCUGGGUUCUCCAUGAGUGUUUGGAAAGAGUUCCUGAAAACGUGGAUGCUGCGAAAGAACUGCUUCAGUAUGGAUUAAAAGGCACAGACCUGGAGGCUCUUUUAGCAAUCGGGAAAGGAGCAGAUGAUGGCAGAUUUACAUUACCUGGUGAAAUAGAUAUUGAUAAUAUCUCCUAUGAAGAGCUUUCACCACCUGAUGAAGAGCCUGCCAAGAAUAAAAAGGAAAAGGAGCUCAAGAAGAGACAAGAACUACUGAAAUUAGUGAACUUUUCCAAGUUGACCCUGGAACAGAAGGAACUUUGCCGUUGUAGACGGAAAUUAUUAACCUACUUAGAUCGACUUGCAACAUAUGAGGAAAUCCUAGGAGUGCCUCAUGCAUCUGAACAGAGAUAUGAUGCUGAAUUCUUUAAGAAAUUCAGAAAUCAGAAUAUUGUUCUCUCAGCAAGAACUUAUGCUCAGGAAAGUAAUGUACAAGCCCUAGAAAUUCUGUUUACUUACCAUGGUUCCGACCUGCUUCCUCAUCGCCUUGCGAUUCUCUCCAGCUUUCCAGAGACCACUUCUCCACAUGAAUAUUCUGUUUUGCUGCCCGAAGCUUGUUUUAACGGUGACUCCCUGAUGAUCAUUCCUUGGCAUGAACAUAAACACCGAGCUAAAGAUUGGUGCGAGGAGUUGGCUUGCAGAAUGGUUGUUGAGCCGAAUCUCCAAGAUGAAAGUGAAUUCUUGUAUGCUGCACAGCCUGAGUUACUAAGGUUCAGGACGACCCAGCUUACGGUGGAGAAGGUUAUGGACUGGUAUCAGACCAGAGCAGAGGAAAUAGAGCAUUAUGCCCGGCAGGUGGACUGUGCAUUGUCACUUAUUCGACUUGGGAUGGAGCGGAAUAUUCCUGGUUUGCUGGUUCUCUGUGAUAAUUUGGUUACUCUGGAAACAUUGGUUUAUGAAGCCAGGUGUGACGUAACUCUAACCCUGAAAGAACUCCAGCAGAUGAAAGACAUUGAAAAACUAAGAUUACUGAUGAAUAGUUGUUCUGAGGACAAAUAUGUGACAAGUGCCUACCAGUGGAUGGUUCCCUUUCUUCAUCGUUGUGAGAAACAGUUGCCUGGUGUGGCUAAUGAGCUAUUAAAAGAAUAUUUAGUAACUUUAGCUAAAGGGGACUUAAAAUUUCCCCUGAAGAUAUUUCAGCAUUCCAAACCAGAUCUGCAGCAAAAAAUUAUUCCUGAUCAGGACCAACUGAUGGCAAUAGCACUAGAGUGCAUCUAUACCUGUGAACGAAAUGACCAACUCUGUCUUUGCUAUGACAUACUAGAAUGUCUGCCAGAAAGAGGAUAUGGUGAUAAGACAGAGGCAACCACAAAGCUUCAUGACAUGGUAGACCAACUGGAACAAAUUCUCAGUGUGUCAGAGCUUUUGGAAAAACAUGGACUCGAGAAACCAAUUUCAUUUGUUAAAAACACUCAAUCUAGCUCAGAAGAGGCACGCCAGCUGAUGGUUAGAUUGACGAGGCACACCGGCCGGAAGCAGCCUCCUGUCAGUGAGUCUCAUUGGAGAACGUUGCUGCAAGACAUGUUAACUAUGCAGCAGAACGUAUACACAUGUCUAGAUUCUGAUGCCUGCUAUGAGAUAUUUACAGAAAGCCUUCUGUGCUCUAGUCGCCUUGAAAACAUCCACCUGGCUGGACAGAUGAUGCACUGCAGUGCUUGUUCAGAAAAUCCCCCAGCUGGUAUGGCCCAUAAAGGGAAACCCCACUACAGGGUCAGCUACGAAAAGAGUAUUGACUUGGUUUUGGCUGCCAGCAGAGAGUACUUCAAUUCUUCUACCAACCUCACUGAUAGCUGCAUGGAUCUAGCCAGGUGCUGCUUACAACUGAUAACAGACAGACCCCCUGCCAUUCAAGAGGAGCUAGAUCUUAUCCAAGCCGUUGGAUGUCUUGAAGAAUUUGGGGUAAAGAUCCUGCCUUUGCAAGUGCGAUUGUGCCCUGAUCGGAUCAGUCUCAUCAAGGAGUGUAUUUCCCAGUCCCCCACAUGCUAUAAACAAUCCACCAAGCUUCUGGGCCUUGCUGAGCUGCUGAGGGUUGCAGGUGAGGACCCAGAAGAAAGGCGAGGACAGGUUCUAAUCCUUUUAGUGGAGCAGGCACUUUGCUUCCAUGACUACAGAGCAGCCAGUAUGCAUUGUCAGGAGCUGAUGGCCACAAGUUAUCCUAAAAGUUGGGAUGUUUGUAGCCAGUUAGGACAAUCAGAAGGUUACCAGGACUUGGCCACUCGUCAAGAGCUCAUGGCUUUUGCUUUGACACAUUGCCCUCCUAGCAGCAUUGAACUUCUUUUGGCAGCUAGCAGCUCUCUGCAGACAGAAAUUCUUUAUCAAAAAGUGAAUUUCCAGAUCCAUCAUGAAGGAGGGGAAAAUACCAGUGCUUCACCAUUAACUAGUAAAGCAGUACAAGAGGAUGAAGUAGGUGUUCCAGGUAGCAAUUCAGCUGACCUAUUACGCUGGACCACUGCUACCACUAUGAAAGUCCUUUCCAACACCACAACCACCACCAAAGCGGUGCUGCAGGCCGUCAGUGAUGGGCAGUGGUGGAAGAAGUCCUUAACUUACCUUCGACCGCUUCAGGGGCAAAAAUAUGGUGGUGCAUAUCAAAUCGGAACUACAGCCAGUGAAGAUCUAGAGAAACAAGGAUGUCAUCCUUUUUAUGAAUCUGUCAUCUCAAAUCCUUUUGUCACUGAGUCUGAAGGGACCUAUGACACUUAUCAGCAUGUUCCAGUGGAAAGCUUUGCAGAAGUAUUGCUGAGAACUGGAAAACUGGCAGAGGCUAAAAAUAAAGGACAAGUAUUUCCAACAACUGAAGUUCUCUUGCAACUAGCAAGUGAAGCCUUGCCAAAUGACAUGACCUUGGCUCUUGCUUACCUUCUUGCCUUACCACAAGUGUUAGAUGCUAACCGGUGCUUUGAAAAGCAGUCCCCCUCUGCGUUAUCUCUCCAGCUGGCAGCAUAUUACUAUAGCCUCCAGAUCUAUGCCCAAUUGGCCCCAUGUUUCAGGGACAAGUGCCAUCCUCUUUACAGGGCUGAUCCCAAAGAACUAAUCAAGAUGGUCACCAGGCAUGUGACUCGACAUGAGCACGAAGCCUGGCCUGAAGACCUUAUUUCACUGACCAAGCAGUUACACUGCUACAAUGAACGUCUCCUGGAUUUCACUCAGGCACAGAUCCUUCAGGGCCUUCGGAAGGGUGUGGACGUGCAGCGGUUUACUGCAGAUGACCAGUAUAAAAGGGAAACUAUCCUUGGUCUGGCAGAAACCCUAGAGGAAAGCGUCUACAGCAUUGCUCUUUCUCUGGCACAACGUUACAGUGUCUCCCGCUGGGAAGUUUUUAUGACCCAUUUGGAGUUCCUCUUCACGGACAGUGGUUUGUCCACACUAGAAAUUGAAAAUAGAGCCCAAGACCUUUAUCUCUUUGAGACUUUGAAGACUGAUCCAGAAGCCUUUCACCAGCACAUGGUCAAGUAUAUUUACCCCACUAUUGGUGGCUUUGAUCACGAAAGGCUGCUGUAUUAUUUCACUCUUCUGGAAAACUGUGGCUGUGCAGAUUUGGGGAACUGUGCCAUUAAACCAGAAACCCACAUUCGACUGCUGAAGAAGUUUAAGGUUGUUGCAUCAGGUCUUAAUUACAAAAAGCUGACAGAUGAAAACAUGAGUCCUCUUGAAGCAUUGGAGCCAGUUCUUUCAAGUCAAAAUAUCUUGUCUAUUUCCAAACUUGUUCCCAAAAUCCCUGAAAAGGAUGGACAGAUGCUUUCCCCAAGCUCUCUGUACACCAUCUGGUUACAGAAGUUGUUCUGGACUGGAGACCCUCAUCUCAUUAAACAAGUCCCAGCCUCUUCACCGGAGUGGCUUCAUGCCUAUGAUGUUUGCAUGAAGUACUUUGAUCGUCUCCACCCAGGUGACGUCAUCACUGUGGUAGAUGCAGUUACAUUUUCUCCAAAAGCUGUGACCAAGCUGUCUGUGGAAGCCCGUAAAGAGAUGACUAGAAAGGCUAUUAAGACAGUUAAACAUUUUAUUGAGAAGCCAAGGAAAAGAAACUCAGAAGAUGAAGCUCAAGAAGCUAAGGAUUCUAAAGUUACCUAUGCAGAUACUUUGAAUCAUCUGGAGAAAUCACUUGCCCACCUGGAAACCCUAAGCCACAGCUUCAUCCUUUCUCUGAAGAAUAGUGAGCAGGAAACACUGCAAAAAUACAGUCACCUCUAUGAUCUCUCCCGAUCAGAAAAAGAGAAACUUCAUGAUGAAGCUGUGGCUAUUUGUUUAGAUGGUCAGCCUCUAGCAAUGAUUCAGCAGCUGCUAGAGGUGGCAGUUGGCCCUCUUGACAUCUCACCCAAGGAUAUAGUGCAGAGUGCAAUCGUGAAAAUAAUUUCUGCAUUGAGUGGUGGCAGUGCUGACCUUGGUGGGCCAAGGGACCCACUGAAGGUCCUGGAAGGUGUUGUUGCAGCAGUCCACGCCAGUGUGAAUAAGGGUGAGGAGCUGGUUUCACCUGAGGACCUGCUGGAGUGGCUGCGGCCUUUCUGUGCUGAUGACGCCUGGCCGGUGCGGCCCCGCAUUCACGUGCUGCAGAUUUUGGGGCAAUCAUUUCACCUGACUGAGGAGGACAGCAAGCUCCUCGUGUUCUUUAGAACUGAAGCCAUUCUCAAAGCCUCCUGGCCCCAGAGACAGGUAGACAUAGCUGACAUUGAGAAUGAAGAGAACCGCUACCGUCUAUUCAUGGAACUCCUGGAAUCUAGUCACCACGAGGCUGAAUUUCAGCACUUGGUUUUACUUUUGCAAGCUUGGCCACCUAUGAAAAGUGAAUAUGUCAUAACCAAUAAUCCAUGGGUGAGACUAGCUACAGUGAUGCUAACCAGAUGUACAGUGGAGAACAAGGAAGGAUUGGGGAAUGAAGUUUUGAAAAUGUGUCGCUCUUUGUAUAACACCAAGCAGAUGCUGCCUGCAGAGGGUAUAAAGGAGCUGUGUCUGCUGCUGCUUAACCAGUCCCUCCUGCUUCCGUCUCUGAAACUUCUCCUCGAGAGCCAAGAUGGGCAUCUGCGCGAGAUGGCACUGGAGCAAAUCACGGCAGUCACUACGGUGAAUGAUUCUAAUUGUGACCAAGAACUUCUUUCCCUGCUCCUGGAUGCCAAGCUGCUGGUGAAGUGUGUCUCCACUCCCUUCUAUCCACGUAUCGUUGACCACCUCUUGGCCAGCCUCCAGCAAGGGCACUGGGAUGCAGAGGAGCUGGGCAGACACCUGCGGGAGGCCGGCCAUGAAGCCGAAGCCGGGUCUCUCCUUCUGGCCGUGAGGGGGACUCACCGGGCCUUGAGAACCUUCAGCACAGCCCUCCGCGCAGCACAGCACUGGGUAUGAGGGCCGCCUGUGGCCCUGCUCCUUAGCAGAAAAAGCAUCUGAAGUUGAAUGCUGUUCCCAGAAGCAACAUGUGUAUCUGCCGAUUGUUCUCCGUGGUUCCAACAAAUUGCAAAUAAAACUGUAUGGAAAAGAUGA